AUGUCGCGAGCUAUCCAACGGCUUAUGAAAGAUUACCGUAAAGCAGAAAAGUUAGUGGGACGUUCAUCUAAUGAGCCAUUUACCGAUUUUGCUAAUGCGGCGUCUUUAUCAACACAAACAUAUGCACAACAAAUGGCACAAUUAAGACGAGAUCCGGAAUUAUCGCAGGAUGAAAAAAAAUAUCUUGUUGCUGUUGAACGAGGAGAUAUGGCUACAACUCGAAGGUAUCUUGAUGUGAGUUCUACAACACCAUCCACUUUAACAAAUAAUGACACAUCAAUUGCACCAAUCAAUAUUAAUUGCUUAGAUCCACUAGGUCGAAGUUCACUCUUAAUAGCUAUUGAAUAUGAAAAUAUUGAAAUGAUUGAAUUGUUACUUAAUUAUAAUAUUGAUACAGGUGAAGCAUUACUUCAUGCUAUUGAUGAAGAAUUUGUUGAAGCUGUGGAACUUCUUCUCCAUCAUGAAGAUCUUCGACAACAACAACAAAAACAAGCAAAGAGCAACAAUGUUGAAGAAGAUAAAAGUAAAUGUCAAAAAAAUACAACAAUAAAUGAUAAAUCAAAUCAAUUAUUUACACUUGCCCAAGUUGCAUUAGGAAAAGAGAAAAAAGAUGAUGUACAACAAUCAUCACAAGAUGUUUCGAAUAAGUUAAAAACAGCAUGGUCUUAUUUCCAUACAUCGAAAACAAAUCUGCCUUCGAAACAAGCCGAUGGUGGUGUUGAAAAUAUAAUUACCACUACUACUGAUGACAAUGAGGUAAGCGAACAGCUUAACUUAAGUACAUCUCGUUCUUAUACACCUGAUAUUACACCUGUUGUAUUGGCUGCACAUCGAGACAAUUAUGAAAUUGUUAAAAUUCUUCUUGAAAGAGGUGAGAAGGUCACCGAACCACAUGAUGUUCGUUGUGAUUGUGAAAAAUGUCUUGUAUAUAAUAAAGAAGAUAGUUUAAGACAUUCACGAUCACGUAUAAAUGCAUAUAAAGCAUUAUCAUCACCAUGUUAUAUAUCAUUAUCAAGUCGUGAUCCAAUAAUGACAGCAUUUGAUUUAAAUCGUGAAUUAAAACGUUUAUCACGUAUAGAAAAUGAAUUUAAACAAGAAUAUGAACAAUUAGCUCAACAAUGUCAAGAUUAUAGUGCAGCAUUAUUAGCGGAAACACGUUCAUCAAAAGAAUUAGAAAUUAUUUUAAAUUAUGAUACAGAAAAUCCACCGGUGCUAUCAGAUACAACAGAAAAAAUGACUUUAGCAAGAUUAAAAUUAGCUAUACGUUAUAAACAAAAAAAGUUUGUUUCACAUUCACAUUGUCAACAAUUACUUGCUUCUCUGUGGUAUGAAGGGUUACCAGGUUUUCGACGUCGUCAUUCGGUGAUUAAAAUUUUUAUAACAACUUUUGUUGGUUUACUUUUUCCAGUAUUAUCAAUUGCCUAUUUAUUAAUGCCAAGAAGUAGUAUCGGUAGAAUAAUGCGACAACCAUUUAUUAAAUUUAUCUGUCAUUCUGUUUCAUAUAUUUUCUUUCUCAUUUUACUUUUUGUUGUUUCAUUACGAAUUGAUUUUGGAAAAAUAUUAUCAGGUAUUGAAGAAGAAACAAAUGAAAGACGUGGUCCACCGCCCAAUCCAGUUGAAUUAGCUAUUAUGCUCUAUGUAGCUGGAUUUAUUUGGGCUGAAAUAAAACAAUUAUAUCAAGAAGGACUUCAUCAAUAUAUGGCGGAUACAUGGAAUUUACUUGAUUGGAUUACUAAUUGUCUUUAUGUUGCAACGAUCGUUCUUCGUGUCAUGGCAUUUGUUAAAAUAAAUCGAGAAGAAAAUGAUUUACAACGAAAAUUAGGAGGUGUUCAUCAUGGAAAUACAUCAUCAGGUGUUCAUCCAACUCAUCAUCAUCCUCAUAAUAUAACAGCUGAAUCCGGUACAUUUUCAACUGGUCAUAAUGUUCGACGACGAGAUUGGAAUGCAUGGGAUCCAACAUUAAUAUCUGAAGGAAUAUUUGCUGCAGCCAAUAUAUUCAGUUCACUUAAACUUGUUUAUAUAUUUACAAUAAAUCCACAUUUAGGACCAUUACAAAUAUCUUUAGGACGUAUGGUUCAUGAUAUAUUAAAAUUUAGUGUACUUAUUAUGCUUGUGGCAUUUGCAUUUGCAUGUGGCCUUAAUCAAUUAUUUUGGUAUUAUGCUCGUAUGAAAAAACGUGAAUGUGAAGAGGAUACAACAGGCACCGAUGAAUAUUGUUUGAAAGAAAUUCAUAAACAUUUUUCUAAUCUUUUUGAAUCAUUACAAACUUUGUUUUGGGGAACAUUUGGUUUGAUUGAUUUGCAAACAUUUCAAAUAUAUAAAAAACAUACAUUUACAAUGUUUAUUGGUUUACUUAUGUAUGGAGUUUAUUCAUCUAUAAUGAUUAUUGUUCUACUUAAUAUGCUUAUUGCUAUGAUGAGUAAUUCAUAUCAAUAUAUAGCUAAUUCAACUGAAACUGAAUGGAAAUUUGCAAGAGCUAAACUUUGGACAAGUUAUUUCGAAGAUGGUGGAACAUUACCACCACCAUUUAAUAUUGUUCCAAGUCCGAAAUCGAUUUGUUAUGCAUGCCGUUAUUUAUAUCGUCGAGUAUUUGGUUGUUCAAAAACACAUCUGAGGAAUCGUUGGCAAAGUAUAAAGAAAAUUCUUCUUAAAAUUAAUGAACGUGAAAUCAAAUAUCAAACAGUCAUACGUGAAUUAGUUAAACGAUAUAUAAUGAAACGUCAACAAAAAGAUCAAACUGAAGGUGUAACAGAAGAUGAUCUCAAUGAAAUCAAACAAGAUGUAUCAGCAUUUCGUUUUGAACUAUUAGAAAUUUUAAGCAUUAAUGGAUUUAAAGUUCAAUCUUUGAAGAAAAAUCCAGAUACAGGCAAAUUUGAACCAGUUGAGGCCUCAACAAGAUCUGCACGUGUUGGUCGAAAACGAGGCAAAAUGAAUUUAGAAAAAACAAUGAAUAAAAAUAUGUUUAGUAUAUCAUCAGCUAUAGCGGAUGCAAAUCCAUUAGUAGCAAGAGAUCGAAUACAAAGUGAUCAAAAUGAACAACAGGAUCCAUCUUCACCAUCAUCACCACUUGCAGCAUUACUUUCAAAUCCAAAACAAAAAUUAACUUCACAAUUUAAACGUACUAUUGCAUUGAUUAAACAAAAAAGUGAUCCAUCAAAUGAUUUAACAACUACAUCAUCAUCACCAACACAUUCAAGAACUAUAGAAAAAUUAAUUGAUUCAACAAUUUUAACAAGUUUAAUUGAAGAAACAAGUCAAAUCAAUGAUAGUAGUGAUAGGAAUCGACUAUUACCAUCAUCGCCAUCAACAACAACAAUAACACCGAAAUCACCAUCAUUUGGACAAAUUAAACCACAAGCAAUACGUUCAUCAUCAAGUCAAAUAACACCAAAUAUUGAUACUGAUAUAAAUACUUCAACAGCUGCUACAAUUAUUACAAUGGAUUCACCAGUUGUACGACCACCACUUACUCAUUCAACUAGUCCAUCAGCACGAAUGGUUAAACAAAGUUUGCAACAAAUACAUUCUUCUAUUUUACAAACUAUGCAGCAACAUCAACCAUUGUCAUCACUAUCGCAACCACUGCAACCACCAUCUACAUCAUCAUCAUCGGCAACAUUAAGUCCAACAUCAACAUCAACAGCAGCAACAAUGGGAUAUUAUCGUUUAUCACGCGAUGGUCGUGCACCAAUGGCAUCACCUGAACCUAUCUCAAUGACGUCUGAUGAGAGUUCAUGUACGCCCGAUUUAGAAAUCCUGUGA